GUUCAAGAAGAUCUUCAUAAGCUUAAAGUCAAAGAGAAAAAUACCAGCUUGAAAGGAAACAUAGAAGCUGUGGAUAUUAGUCACCUGGAAACAGCAAUUGAAAGACCAGAAUUUGGGCUGAGACAUCAGCUGGAAAUGGAUAUGAAGAUUAUGCUUGACCCAGAGAACUUCAAUAAUAAAGCUGUUUUGAAACAACAGAACCAUGAGACCAGGCUGCCACAUAUACCUAAGAAAAAAUCUGCUCCUAUGUGUAGCCAGAAGAUAGUGAAAGGUCAUACAGUUAGCAGCCUUUGGGGUUUGCCUGCUUCCUUCCACAUGGAUUCUCCCUUACCCCUGUUAGAAGAUGAUGUAACGAAAGGUAUUCUCAGCCUAACUGAACAAAGGCUUAUCCCUCCAGCAGCAAAGACAACUCUCCAGGCAUGUCCUGUUGCAUCCAAAGCAGCACCUUUCCAUGAAUUUCCCAGGCAGCACAAGAAGUCAGCUGUAGGAGAGAUUAGUAGUAGGAUGGACCCUGAGAAUACAGACACCAUCACCUUCCCAAACUCAAAGGAAGCAAUUUAUGGCACAUGUUCCUCUAGUAAAGGUGACAUUGCACCACGUCCAUCCAACAGCUCCGUGAUUUCAGCAAGGAAAUCAAAGCCGGCAUGGACAUAUCCCGGUCAACAGUUGGAAUAUGAGCUGCAGAUUCCCUCUCGGACACAGGAUCCGUGCUUUGAUUGCAACUUUACUGUUUACAAUGGCACAAUAGACCAGAGAGCUCCAGGCUUUCUGGCGUUCAAGCAACAUUAUUAUUUAUCUUGGGGGAACAUUGUCUUUCUUUUGGAACAUACAGAAAAGCUUUUAAAGGACUAUGCUGUACCAUUGGCUACAAUAAACUGUAAAAAGUUGGCGGAAGUUGCAUCAGACUUUGAGCUGGAUGAGAAUCCUACCAAAAGUGACAUUCUGUCAGUGAUAAAGAAUCAUUCAACUGUGGAAAAGAUCUUAAAUCGACCUGGCCAAAGAUACAAAGGCCAAGGGGGUACCGAAAUGGCUGCUACGAAGAUCCAAGCAACAUGGCGAUGUUAUCGGGCCAGAAAAGCCUACGUCCAUUUCAGGCGGCAGCAGUGGGCAUCAGGUGUGAUUGCCAUUUCUUGGCUCUUGCGUAAUCGUAUGGCACGUGUGAAAAAGACCCUGAAGGAAUCACGUCAGAGACACCUGGAGAAUUUCUACAUCAGGGCCAAGCAUCUGGCAGCCAACUGGAAUCGCAUCAGGACCUCCAGGAGGACUAUUAUCCAUAUCCCAUCAUUAGGAUAUUCCCAGUGCAUCCGUAAGCAUAUUCCUGAUCUUGCUCUCCAACAGAACAUGCAGAUGGGAAGGCUGUGUGACAUACUAGAUGCCAACGUGGACGUCAUCUACAUCUGCCCCCUUCAUCUGAGUGAGGAGUUACUGCAGUAUUACAAUAAACUCCUGGGUCUGCAGGCAGCUGUUAGAUCUGGGAACCCUGAGGACAUGGGUGACCUGCAGGACAGGUUCAGAAUUCUCACCCCUGAAGCUAUAAACAGCUUCCCUAAGCAUCACAUGUGCCUAGCCACUCAGCUGAAGUACAGUCCCAAGACAAUCAAAAGAAUAAAAAUUCUUAUCCAGGGCAGAGAUGCCUACAUUAUCGGAGGGGUUCCCCACAAAGAUGAUUUAGCAGUGGCUGACAUGCUAAACGUGCCUGUGUUAGGCUCUGUGCCAGAAGUGGCUCAUCUCUAUAGUACCAAGUCUGGAAGUAAACGAAUUUUUGCCAGUGCUUGUGUGCCAACCCCUCCUGGAGAGUCUGACAUCUACAACAAUGACCAGCUGAUUCAUGUUCUCAGCCAGCUGAUUGUUGACCAUAUGGAAGUGUGGCGUUGGCUGUUUAAAGUGAACGAUGAACGUGGAGGAAAUGGCACUGCCUAUUGUGACGUGAUCUCGCAUUUGAAAUGCUACCCCUGGGUUCAAAAGGAACGUCAGAGGUACAGCCCUGAGAUCUGGAGAAAGAAGUGGGCACAC